GUUUCUUCAAAUUCUGUCCCUUCCUAAAUAUACAUUUAAAUGGGACACUACUCAAUCCACUAAGAUCUGUUAAACUGGAGAAUCUAUUCCAUUCCUUUUCCAAAAUAUUUUUAACAGCAUAAGCAUCCCCAUUAAAUUCAGUUACAAAGGUUCUGUAACUUUUUCGUUGGCAGCAGCUGUAUAUCAGAAUGGUGAUUGCAAAAACCUGGGUCCUCAAAAAGCACUUUGAGGGCUUCCCAAAGCACAGUGAUUUUGAGCUGAAGGAGGAAGAGGUACCAGAUCCUAAGGAUGGAGAAGUGUUGCUGGAAGCUGUCUAUCUCAGUGUUGAUCCCUAUAUGAGGCCUUACAGCAAAAUGUACAUGAAAGAAGGGGAUGUAAUGAUUGGCUCUCAGAUUGGCAGGAUUCUCAAAAGCAAAAACCCAACAUUUCCAGAAGGCUCUUUUGUUGAGGCUAGAAUUGGCUGGAGGACUCAUUCUAUUUCCGAUGGCAAGAACCUAGAUCUUAUGCUUCCUGAUUGGCCAUCAAACAUUCCGAGGUCCCUGGGACUUGGUAUUAUUGGCAUGCCUGGUUUAACAGCCUACUUUGGCCUGCUGGAAAUUUGUCAGCCAAAGGCAGGAGAGACGUUGCUGGUUAAUGCAGCAGCAGGAGCAGUGGGGUCAGCAGUUGGACAGAUUGGUAAAAUUAAGGGCUGCAAAGUGGUCGGCUGUGCUGGUUCAGAUGACAAAGUGAAGUACUUGAAAGAUAUUGGAUUUGAUGAAGUCUUCAACUACAAAACAGUUGGCUCUUUGGAGGAAGGUUUAAAGAAAGCUGCCACAGAAGGAUAUGACUGCUUUUUUGACAAUGUCGGAGGAGAGUUUUGUUCCACUGCAAUGUUCCAGAUGAGAGAAUUUGGAAGGAUUGCUGUGUGUGGUGCCAUUUCACUGUACAAUGAUACAGAACCGCAAAAAGGCCCCUACUUCCUUUUCCCGAUGAUCCAGAAACAACUUCGCAUGGAGGGGUUCAUUGUCUGGCGCUGGAAUGACCAAAGACUGGAGGCACUAACUCAGCUAAUGAACUGGGUGAAAGAGGGAAAACUCAAAUAUCAUGAACACGUUACACAAGGAUUUGAUAACAUGCCAGAAGCCUUUAUGGGAAUGCUGAAGGGACAGAAUAUUGGAAAAGCUGUUGUGAAGAUUUGAUAAAUGCCAGAAGGACUCGAGAGAAGUGAAGAAACUAACGAAAUGUUACGAAAUAAAACAAUGAUGGAAUCUGAGACUGAUGAAUAGAGAAUGGCAUGAUGUCAUUCCUCGUGAAGGGAAAAUAUGUGUAUGAUUCUGAUUAACCAUGCUUUGCAGGAAAAAAUACAACGCUGCUAAGGUUUAAAUGUUAAAUCUGUAACCUGUGAAACCAGAACUUCUACUGCCUGUCCCUCCAGGUUGUAGCACAUAUGGAACAGUUUUGCAAUGGUGUUCCAUCACAGCUGCUGCAGGGCAAGUCAUACCCACAAAUGUCACCAUCAGAGAGGAUGUCAUAUGAAUUUAUGUAUUGGACAGACAGCAUUAUCACUAACCUCAUAAAGUUCUCCCCAGUCAGAGAUGGAAGCUAUUUGACAAGAAAGUGAAAUGUGAAGACUUCUACCCUGUUUGUUAGGAAAUGUUAAGAAAUGGGUUCUGUUUCUACCAUCUGCUUCUGAUAAAUAUACUUGCAAUGUACGCAUGAGAAAUCGAGCCAUACUGCUGACGUGUUUCAGAAGACUAAUUUCUGCUUUUGCAGCUUUAAUAAAAAAGGCAAAAUUGUCUUUUGUUCCCUUA